AUGGCCAGUGCACCCGCGUUCUCUCAACGUCGCGCCCCGGCCUCGCAGAGUGCCGCGCAGAGUCGCUCAGUCGCAGCGCAGGGCCGCCGCGGCCCGAUCACCGGGGAGAUUGCGGUGUUUGCUGAGCCCGUUCCAGUGCACUUCGAUACCAUCUCGUCGUUGUCAGUUGCAUCUCUCGACUACACCCUGCUGGUGCGAGCUGCCAAAACCCACGGCGUUUGGAAGACGAAGAACGGCGCGCACAUUCGGGCCGUCGAGGUGGAGGACGUCAGCCGCAAGGUGAUCUUGAAGGAGUUCGGCGCGGUGCCGCGGGUGCUGAAGGGGUGCGCAGAGGGGGGCCUGCUCAUAGUGCAGAACUUUGAGGUGCAGGAGUACGAGGGGGAGCUCAACUUGAUUCCCUCUGUGGGCAGUGUCAUUGCGAAGCUGCCGCCCAACGCGAUCGCCCCGAGCGCUGUGACGCCCUCGCAGCUGGACAUUCAGCUGUCGACGGUGAAGGACAUCCAGGGGGAGCCGAACGCGCUGCAUUCUUUUGCGGGGGCGAUCCGCGUCGCCGGCGACCCCAUCACUGAGAAGCGGGCCUCCCUGGACGUCAUGGUGGGCGUCCAGUCUGGCGACGGGCGCCCGCCACAGGGCAUCCGGCUUCGCCUGUGGGACGAGAUGGUCGGGACAUUCCAGAGGCUCGGGUGCAAAAAAGGAUCCAGCAUCUUGGUUCUGGACGGGAAGUCAUGGGGUGGUGGCAUCCAGGCGUGGCCAGGAACGGCCCGCAUUCGCCUGCAGGAGCUCGUUGUGCAGGUGGGCGGUCUGUUGCAGGAGUUUGCCGACCUCGACAAGCUCAAGGAGCAGGGCGUGAAAGGCUCGGCGGGGCCGGGGGCGGCGCCGCCAGAGGGGGCAAAGGUGGGCGACGCGGCGGGGCUGGGGGCGGGCGCGACAGAGGAAGCAGCGCGGUCGACUCCCGCGGAUCCAGCGGGCGAGGGCGGCCCGGCGGCGGAGUCCGAUGACGGCUCAGGGCAGAAGCCCGAGGAGCCUCGCGCGGGGCGGCGGACCUCCCGCGACGUGGGUUGGGGCAGAUUUUCAGCAGCGGCGGCCUCGCUUGGCGAGUGCAGGGAGUACAGCGACGGAGCGGAGUGGAUAGCGUCCUUUGAAGCGACCGGGUCGGCCCGACCCAGUAGCAUGCCGAGUGCAGCGAACGUUGCUGACGUGAUUGCGGAGCUUGCGGCGUUACGAGGCAACGCUGGCACCGCUGAGUCCCGCCAAGAAUUUGCGGAUAACAGAGGUGUCGAGAUGGCGCUGGUGGUCGCAGUGAUGAACGUCGAUGUGCUGGUCGGCGUGGUGGUGUUCGUAGCAUGUGCGGCUGUGGACGUAGUUCUGGCAUUGUUGCCACUCGCAGUCGUGGUGGCGCGGCUGUUGUUUGCAGGCGACAUGGUGGCGCAGUCGUUCGCAUUCGGUAUGGCGGUAAGUUCUGCGGUCGUGUCGAGCAGGUUUUUCAAAACGGCUCACGAGCGGCAGCGGGGCCUGAAUGUCUCACUGGUGCGCGCUCGCGUGGGCGCGGGCGCAGUUGAUUUACCCGCGGGCUACAAAUUCCCCGCCCUGUGCACGCGCGCGCGUGGCUGCGGAGUCGCAGCGGAGCUCCUGGAGGCGCUCGUGGACCGCGCGGCGCGCGGGCGCCUGGAGGCGUGGGCGCAGGAGGGCGGCGAGGGCGAGGGCGCCGCCGACGCGGAGAGCGGCGCGAGGCAGCCGCUGGCGCCGAGGAUCGCCGCCGCGGCCGAGGCCCUGGAGGAGGGCCUGGUGCAGCGCUCCGUGGAGGCGCGGGCCCUGCUGCUGGCCGCCUUCUGCGGCGAGCACGUGCUGCUGACCGGGCCGCCCGGCACGGGCAAGAGCCUGCUGGCCCGCCGCCUCGCGCGGCUGGGCGGCCCCGGAGCCGGCUUCUUCGAGCGGCUGCUCACGCGCUUCUCCGUUCCGGAGGAGCUGUUCGGGCCUCUGUCGCUGCGGGGCCUGGAGCGCGACGAGUACGUGCGCCAGACGGCGGGCUACCUCCCCUCGGCCACCCCUCACCACACCGUCGCCUUCGUGGACGAGAUCUUCAAGGCGAACUCCGCCAUCCUCAACACGCUCCUGUCCAUCAUGAGCGAGCGCGUCUUCGACAACGGGGCCGGUCGCGAGCCCGUGCCGCUGCGCUGCCUGGUGGCCGCCUCCAACGAGCCGCCAGAGUCCGAGGAGCUGGAGGCGCUGUACGACCGUUUCCUGUUCCGGCUGGAGGUGCAGCCAGUCACGGACGACGGCGUCGCGCAGCUCAUCGCGGCGGCGGUCCGCCCGCGGGCGGAGGCUACCGCGCCCGCUGCGCCGCUGUCCGUGACCACGGCGGACGCGGAGGCCGCGUGCGCGGGCGCGGAGGGCGUGGAGGUCCCCGAGGAGGCCGUGGAGAUCCUCGCUGGGGCGCGGCGGCUGCUGGCCGGCCUGGACCCGCCGGGGGUCGUCUCCGACCGCCGGCUGUGCCAGGCGGCGCGCCUGCUGAAGGUCGUGGCCUGGACGGCGGGGCGCGGGCGCGUGGAGGCGGCGGACUGCGCGCUGCUGCGGCACGUGCUCGGCGCCACGCGGGAGGAGAGCGAGCAGCUCUGGGAGUGGCUCGUGCGGCAGAUCCCGCGCGCGCGGGGGCGCGCGGUGAGCGCCGUGCUCGGCGGCCUGCUGAGCAGGCUGGAGCGCGGGGCGGUGGCGGAGGAGCAGCUGCGGCUGGAGCUGGGCAGCAUCCGCGCGAGCCUCGGGGCGCAGGUGCAGGCCGCCGAGCGGCAGCAGCGCCUGCUGCGCGGCCACUGCUGGCUGACCCCGGCGGAGGCGGAGGCGCUCUGCGGGCGGCUCGACGAGCGCCUGGACGACGCGGCGGGGUGCGGGGCGCGGGCGCUGAUGCUGGAGGUGGCGCGGCUGGAGGCCGCUGUGGAGCUCGGGCGCGUCGCGGAGUACGUCGCCGAGCGGAGGGCCCGCGGCGAGUUGCGUUGGGGCGCGGGCGCCCCCGGCGAGUCCAGCGGCGGCGCCGGGGCAGCCGCGGGGGAGCCGUCUGCGGACGAGACCUUCUCCAUUGGCAAGCACAAGGGCCGCAAGUUCAGCGACAUCGCCGACGAGGACGUGGACUACUGCAGCAUGGUGGAGCGGAAGGUGGAGCAGGGCAAGUUCUCUGGCGGCACGGCGCUCGACCUGCAGAUGCGGAAGUUCGUCGCGUACGUCCGCGGCGCGCGCGGCACGAGCCGCGUGGCGGCCUCUGCAGCGGGCCGCCGGCCGAAAAGGAGCCUCUCACGCGGGGCCUGUAGCCGGCUGGGGUGA